AUGCAUCAUAUCAUAGGUUACCGUCCAGACGGUAAAGGCAAGGGGACUGUCCACAGGAUCAGUCAGGUGGUGAAACGGAGCAUGGGUAUGCUUCAGGGCGAAAGGGAAUGCGAGGAUGACGAGGAUGACAAGGGUAAGGUCGGGGGGCCCAAGCGUCUAGAUGUUCUUGUAACAUUCAUGGGUCACAUACUCGGCCCCAGAUCAUCCCGCACCACUUCUGCGCGACAAAAGGGAAAGGCGCCCAAAAAGGACAAGGUUAAAUACGAAGGAGGGCUGAAAAGAGUGAUCAAAGAUGCCGAUAAUUGGAAAGAGGCCCUUGCGUAUCUCCGGGCCCUACUACGAGUCGCAGUUUGCCUCGGCCAUAUCGACAAUCCCUUCCUGCUCAAUUCUCAACGGAGGGCAACGGCCAUUGACGAUGUCUGGCCUCAGGCUCUCUCGCGGGCUAAUAUCAGUGCUAGUGAAUUGGAAGAUGCAAGGACAAAAUACUCAAUCUUAACCAAUGUCCCUGUCGACUUACUUGUACAGUAUCCAACCCCGGCUACUGUGUACGAACAGCUCUGCGAGACGGCUGCUACCCUCGUUGCGGAGCACAAUGACGUGGGUCACCCGGCGCUCAUGGCGACCUUGUCCGAUCUAUGCCACAUUGUUGCCACUGAUGUCUAUCGACUUGGCCGAAGUGACAAUUAA